AAUUUUCAGCUUACUGCACUAAUUAUUAGUUCUAGAAAUGACAGAAAUCGAAGUGACCGAUCCCUCAGAAGAGGAGGUUAUGCCUAUCCUUACCAAAAAAGAACUAAAGGAACUAGAACGUAGAAAAAACAAAAACAAAAAAAAGAAGGAAUCGAAGAAGAAAAAGAUUCUGCGAAUGCCUAAUGGAGAAGACGGUGCUAGAAAUUCGGAUUCAGGUAUCGAUAAAACCCCAGCAGCUAGUGAUACCGAAGAUAGUGUUGAAGUGAUUUAUGUUGGGAAACCUCUAGAGUUGGACGCCAGUGAUCCAAACUAUCACUACUUUUCAAAAGUUUUCGAAAGUUUCAAGAUAAGCGAAGAAAUAAAGAAGGAGGAACCUGUUGAGAAAGUUGAACCAGAAAUGAAGAAAGAAGAAAUACCAACAAAGGCUUCUAUUUCGGAAAAGAUUUUGCAGGAAGAAAUGAGUGAAAAGCGGCGCGAACAAGAAGAGGCUGGUCAAACACAAACUUUGAGCAAGAGGAAACUUCGUCUAUCAAUGCAACCGACUAUUGCCGAAUUGAAAGAGGUGACAACGCGGCCAGAUGUAGUGGAAUGGGCGGAUGUCACUUCACGUGAUCCUCAUCUCCUGGUUACGUUGAAAGCGUACAGAAAUACCGUACCUGUACCGCGGCAUUGGAAUGCGAAGAGAAAAUAUUUGGCAGGCAAACGCGGUUUUGAAAGGCCUCCGUUUGACUUGCCCGACUUUAUCAAAAGGACGGGCAUAAUGGAAAUGCGUGAAACAAUGUGGGAAAAAGAAGAUGCUCAGUCCUUAAAGUCAAAGAUGCGUGAACGUGCAAGACCGAAGCUUGGCCGUAUUGAUAUCGAUUAUCAAAAGUUGCAUGAUGCUUUUUUCAAAUGGCAAACAAAACCUGUGAUGACCCAAAUGGGUGAACUGUACUAUGAAGGUAAAGAACUGGAAACAGUCAUGCGUGAGAAGAAACCAGGUGAACUGACCGAUGAACUGCGAGUUGCGUUAGGAAUGCCUGUCGGACCUAAUGCACAUAAAUUUCCGCCUCCCUGGUUGAUUGCAAUGCAGCGAUAUGGGCCACCGCCAUCAUAUCCGAACCUGAAAAUACCGGGACUGAAUUGCCCCAUCCCGGAAGGAUGUGCUUUUGGUUAUCAUGCUGGUGGAUGGGGUAAGCCUCCAGUCGAUGAAAUGGGCAAGCCGUUGUAUGGCGAUGUAUUUGGCCUUGAGGCUCCAACAUUGCCAGAAUUGGAUGACGAAUCAAGAAUAGAACGACGACAUUGGGGUGAAAUAGGUAGUGAUGAGGAUUCUAGUGAAGAAAGUGAAGAAGAAGAGGAAGGUGAACGUGGUGCGGUUGAAGCAGGCUUUGUUACUCCAGCUACUACAGAAGGUUUUGCAACGCCGUCAGGAAUGACCUCUGGCGUUCUUACUGGUGUUGAAACUCCGGAUACCAUCGAAUUGCGAAAGGGCAAACGAAUAGAAGACAGCAGUACAACAGGUGGUGAGACUCCUGCACCAACUCUCUACACGAUACUUCAAGAACGUAAGAUUGAUCGUAUUGCGGGACAGAUGAUGGCCAGUACUCAUGUUUAUGAUUUGUCGAAGAAACCACCUCCGGCUCCCGCAUCGCAAGGAGUGGAUGCUGGAGUAGAAGUAUCGUUGAAUCCGGAAGACCUUGAUCUUGCUGAUCAAAAGGGUCUGGAGAAAAAGUAUGAAGAACAGUUGCGGAAGCAAACUCGUGGACGCCAGGAUGAUGACGAAGAUUUCUCAGAUAUGGUGGCUGAACAUUCUGCUAAACAGAAUCGUAAAAGAAAGGUACAGGAACAAAAGAAAUCAACGCAGCAACAGAAGAAAUAUAAAGAUUUCAAAUUUUAAAAUGACAUUUUGUUCGCCCCUGUACUUCUUGAUUUGUUUAUUAGUAUAUCAUUAUCACUUUAUAAUUCCGAUUCCCUCAGGUUAAGACUCGAAUGCCAAACAUGCCACAGCUUUGAAAUUCCUGUACGUAAACUUGUGAACUGUAGAUUUUCUUGUUCCUGAGAAUCGGUGUGAACUAUAAAAUUAGUAGAUUAACC